AUUGUUGCAGCACCGGCUGAUGAAGACUUUUAUUUUAUUUGGGACUCGCAACAUCCCAAUCGAUGCCCAUUCAUGAUUAACGAACCCAUCUUUGACAUAUAUAUUCAUGAUCCGAGGCAAUUUCUUGCGGCACCCCAUUAUUCGUUGACUUAACACGGCAGCAAAAAGACGACACAACAGCAGCUCGACCAAAAACUAGCUGGGAAACAAAAAAAACACUGCAACUAGUUCGACAGGAGGACGAGGAGGAGGAGUCUGUCGGAGCGAAAAUGGAUCUCGAAGCAGGCCAACAGGUACUAUGGCACCGCCCCGGUGAUUCAAUGGCUGCGCUUUCAGUCUCUUGAAAUAGCCUCCCUUGCAGUUGCACACCAACUGUUUGACAAAUUGCCCGACCGAAAGUUCAAAGUUCGAAGCAUGAGUGUAAAAUGGCCGAGGCUGCUAACACCCACACAUCUCUCUCAGAUUAUACGAAAGCAGAAAAACCCAUUGACGGCCCUCCAAAUUUUCACUCAAGUGAAAUCCAAGUACCCCAAUUACCGUCACAAUGGUCCAGUCUACGCCACCAUGAUCAGCAUUCUCGGAAACUCUGGCCGAGUUGCUGAGAUGAAGGACGUGAUUAACAAGAUGAAAAAUGAUUCCUGUGAAUGCAAAGACUCAGUUUUUGCAACUGCAAUUAAAACCUACGCGCAAGCUGGAUUGCUGGAGGAUGCAGUGUCUCUGUUUAAUAACAUUUCCAAGUUCAACUGUGUGAACUGGACGCAUUCUUUCAAUACCCUUUUGGAGAUUAUGGUGAAUGAGUCCAAGCUUGAAGCUGCUCAUCGCAUUUUUGUGGAGCAUUGUUGUGGGUGGGAGGUGAGCUCUCGGGUUCGGUCCUUGAAUUUGCUCAUGUUUGCUUUGUGCCGGAAGGGUCGUUCAGAUAUUGCCCUGCAAAUUUUCCAAGAAAUGGAUUAUCAGCAUUGUAAUCCGGAUAGGGAAAGUUAUCAGAUUUUAAUGAGAGGGUUGUGUGAAGAUAAGAGGCUCAAUGAGGCAACCCAUUUGUUGUACUCGAUGUUUUGGAGGAUUUCUCAGAAGGGUUGUGGUGAAGAUGUUGUAAUUUAUAGAACCUUAUUGGAUGCCUUGUGUGAUAAUGGGGAGAUUGACAAAGCUGUCGAAAUUCUUGGUAAGAUAUUAAGGAAGGGGCUCAAGGCCCCUAAGCGGUUUCGAUACAAUCUUGAUCUCAGUCUUUAUGGAAAUGGCAAAGACACGGGAGGCGUGAAGCUGUUGAUUAAUGAAGCUCUGGUUAGAGGUGGGAUUCCCAGCUUGGCAAGCUAUAGUGCUAUGGCAAUUGAUCUUUACAAUGAAAAUAAGAUUGGUGAGGCUGACAAAGUGCUCAAGGAAAUGCUAGAUAACGGCUUUAGGCCAACAGAGUGGGUCUUUGAAGCAAAGGUGGCUGCAUUGAGUAGUGAAAAGAAAGUCGUUGAAGCAGUGGAGGUGAUUGAAAAGGAGAUGGUGGAGGCAAACUGUGUACCAACUCUAAGAGUGUACAAUGUUGUGAUUAGAUGCCUUUGUAGUGAAGGGCAAUCGGUUCUUGCCAUUACGUAUUUGAAGAAGAUGGCAAAGCAGGUGGGUUGUGUUGCUGACAAGAAAACUUAUGGCAUUUUAGUGGAUGGGCUUUGUGAGGAGAGACGAUUUCUGGAAGCAAGUCGAGUAUUGCAAGAGAUGUUGAUCAAGUCACAUUGGUCCUGUGCUGAGACUUACAGUCGAGUGAUUAGGGGUCUUUGCUCAGUGGGCAGGCAAUAUGAAGCUGUUAUGUGGUUGGAGGAGAUGUUGAGUCGGGCUAUGCUACCGGAGCAUUUGGUAUGGAACUCAUUGGUGGCAUCUGUGUGCUCUAACAUAGCCAAUGUUGAGGUUUGCUAUGAGACCUAUAACCGACUACGAAAUUCUUAAUUGUCUCUUGCUCUUAUUUAUGCAUUUUCAUUUGUGUACACCAUCUAGUUGGUAGUUAUAGUAAAAGAAGACCUCUUUGUUCUGUAAAAAUGAAUUUUAUAUAACAACAGCAUAGCUCCUCACUUU